UUUUUUUCUUUCAAGACAUGUCACUUGCCAUUGCUCGUGGUUCGUAUAUUGCUACAAACGUUAUCUGUUACGGUAUAAUCUUUUAGAAAUAGUGAAGCGAUAAUCUCGCACAACCUCAAGAUGAUCACGGAUGUACAAUUGGCCGUAUUUUGCAACAUCCUGGGAGUUGCCCUAUUUUUCUUAGUCUUUAUAUUCCACUACAUAAACGCAAAUUAUUCGAAAUAAGGAGAGGAGAAAGUUUACUCAAUGUAACAUAACCUAUGCUAUUGAAUGGACAUGUUGAAUGCCUAAAGAGAACCGAAGUACUACAGUUUUGUUUACCAUAACACGAUCCAAACUUAUAUAAUUUACCAUAUUUGAUGCGGAAGAAAAAACUUUUGUAUACUUUAUUUGCGUAUAGAAAUGUAACUCAUCUAAGUUAUUAAAAAUGUUGCAUUGAAU